AUGAACGAGGCGAACGUGGAGCGUCUGGCAGCGACGCUCUGCCGGCUGCGCGGCGCGGCGCUCAAGGUGGGGCAGAUGCUCUCCUUCAACGACGCGGACGUGCUCCCUCCCGCGGUGCGCACGCUCAUGGAGCGAGUGAGGAACGGUGCGGACUGGAUGCCGGCGUGGCAGCUGGAGGAGUCUCUGCGGCGGGAGCUGGGCGACCGGUGGAGAGAGCACGUCGAGGCGUUUGACGAGGAGCCGGUCGCCGCAGCCUCGAUCGGGCAGGUGCACCGCGCGACGCUGGUCGACGGGCGGAGGGUCGCAAUCAAAGUGCAGUACCCCGGCGUCUCCGACUCGAUCGUGUCCGACUUGUGGUCGAUGCGUCAGCUCGUCACGUGCACCGGCGUGGUCCCUCCGGAGCUGUACACCGGCGUGGUCCCUCCCGGCCUCUACCUCGACCGGGUGCUCGAGCACGUGCUGACAACAGAGUGGAUGGCGGGACUGCCCAUCGACAAGGCGGCCGCGGAGGGCGCCAUCGAGCCCGCGGAGCGCGACCGGAUCGGGGAGAGGCUGCUGUGGCUGACCCUCUCGGAGCUCUUCAAGUUUCGCUUCAUGCAGACGGAUCCCAACUGGUCCAACUUUCUGUACGAGCCGCGCACGCGCCAGCUGUCGAUGAUUGACUUUGGCGCGUGCCGCGAGUACGACGCGCCCUUCGCAGCCUCGUACCUCCGGCUUGCACAGCGCGAGGCCAUCUUGCACCACUCGCGAGAGCUCGGCUUCCUCACAGGCGAGGAGGGACGCACGAUGCUCGACGCGCACACGCGCGCUGCGGUCCUCGUCGGCAGGCCCUUUGCGGACGGCGAGCAGCCGUACGACUUUGGCAAGCAGACCAUCUCGAAGCGCGUCACCGGCGAUGUGCAGACGAUGCUGCGCGAGCGGCUGACGCCGCCUCGCAAGGAGAUCUACUCGCUUCACCGGAGGCUCAACGGCUGCUUCCAGCUCGCGUCGCGCGUCGGCGCGCGGAUACGGGCGCGCGAGAUCCUGCUCGAGAUCGAGCGAGAUCACGAGGCAGCGGAGCAAGCUGCCGAAUUGGCUGCGGAGGAGCAGGCAACCGCUUGAGGGCGUGCACACAUCCGAGCUCGUGUGUGUUGGCUGCAUGUUGCUUGCUGCGCCGCGCCGGGCCCGCCGCACAGUCUCUGGGGAUGUGAAGGGAGAGCUGUAUGUAUAUGUACCAGGCACGUAUAUGGGCCAAUGUGCGGUACGCGUGGGCCGUGGCGUCGCGUAAGGCGUAACGUAACCAUGUGACCAAGACACAAA